AAGGAGGAGAAAGCCAUCCUGGCCAAGCUGCAGCGCACUCGCGCCAACUCCACCGAGGGGCUGGUGCCACGCUGGGUGCCCGAGCGCUCCUUCUCCCGCACCAAGGACUCCAAGGCCUUCCGGCAGAUGGGCAUCGAUGACUCCAGCAAGGACAAUACUUCAGCUACAGCGUGGUGCUCAGCCUGCUGGCCUGCUCCGUCUUCCUGCACAUCAGCAGCAUCGGGAAGCUGCUGCUCAUGGUGGCCAUCGAGGCCACGUUCCUGCUGCUGGUGGAGGGGCCUCACGCAGCUCUCUUUGACAAUGCCGACCUGCUGGUCCUGGCCAACGCCCUGCCGCCCUUCAACAUGACCCAGGGAGAGUGGCAACGGGUGAGAAGGAGGAGAUGGAGGAGCUCCAGGCCUACAACCGGCGGCUGCUGCACAACAUCCUGCCCAAGGACGUGGCCGCGCACUUUCUGGCCCGGGAGCGGCGCAAUGAUGAGCUCUACUACCAGUCCUGCGAGUGCGUGGCCGUCAUGUUCGCCUCCAUCAGCAACUUCUCCGAGUUCUACGUGGAGCUGGAGGCCAACAACGAGGGGGUGGAGUGUCUGCGGCUGCUCAACGAGAUCAUCGCCGACUUCGAUGAGGCGAGGGCCGGAGCCACAUCGCGGCGCUGGCCGACUACGCCAUGCACCUCAUGGAGCAGAUGAAGUACAUCAACGAGCACUCCUUCAACAACUUCCAGAUGAAGAUUGGCCUGAACAUGGGCCCAGUGGUCGCAGGGGUCAUCGGGGCUCGCAAACCCCAAUAUGACAUUUGGGGCAACACCGUCAACGUCUCGAGCCGCAUGGACAGCACCGGGGUCCCCGACCGUAUCCAGGUGACAACAGACCUGUACCAGGUGCUGGCGGCCAAGGGCUACGUGUUGGAGUGCCGGGGGCUGGUCAAGGUCAAGGGCAAGGGGGAGAUGACCACCUACUUCCUCAAUGCAGGCCCUGGGGGCAGUUAGUGGGGGGUCCCCGUGGUAUCCCCUCAUGCUGGGGACUCCCCCAGGCAAAAAAAAAAAA